AUUGUGUGAAAAAAUGGAUUUUUGUUUUUUUUCUUCUGUUAAUAAUGACUUUGAAUUUACAUUUAGUGAUAAUUUAUAUACAAUUAGUUUUCGUGAAAAUCUUACAAUUCCUCUACAAAGUAAUGUUAAUUAUAGAGAAAUAGGCCAUCAAUUGAUUGAAAAACACAAAAUUCCUAUAUUUUUAGCCAAAGAAUUAAUGGUAAGACUUAAGAGUUUUAUUGAUGACCAAACUGAUGAACUGCACAAACAAAGAACCAAUCAAUUGCUCGACGAUUUGUCUCAAUCAGACCUCUGUUAUAAUAAUGAUUUAAUUGUGAAUAAAUGUCCCGAAAUAAGCACCAAAUAUAAAAGCGAUGAUAAUAUAAAUGAAAAUAAUAAGUUUUAUGAUAUGUAUUAUGAAUUGAUUCAUUCGGGUGUCUUCACGGAAUCGCUGAUGAAAUUUGAAAACACGUAUUCAAUUGCAAUACAAGAAUUAAUAUCAAUACGCGAUCAAACAUAUAAUGAUUUAUUGGCUCAACAGACACAUGAAAUGGAAGAAGCGGUCAAAAACAUCGGAACCACUCUUAAUGAAGAUUAUAUCAAUAGUUUAUCGCUUCGACACUUUCAAGAUUCAGAGAAACUAAGAGAAGAGUGGAAUAAUACGAUAUCUAAGCUAAAGAUUGAACAAAAGCAAGAAUUUUACGAAUGGAUCCGUAAAGUGUAUGAAGACUUCAAGAAUGGUAAUCCGGAAUCAUUGACUGCAAACAUGAAAUCUCUUUCACUCGCGUCAAACAAUUUGAUUAAUCAAUCACUUUAUGACGACAAUGAUUGGAGUAACACAUCUAAUGAGAGUCACAUUCAAAUGGAAGAAAGUUUUACUAUUAAUUUGGGUUCACAGCUAAAGACAACACAUAAUCUUAGACUCAUUUCAAUGGAUAUUCUUGACUUAUGUCGGAUUAAAUUCAGUCAAAACAGUCCCCAACGUAUUCAAACAGCGAUGUCUUUGUAUUCAAAUUCAUUAUCAGCUCUCGUCUUAUUAGUAGACAAUCGUAUUAACAGUUAUUCGGGGAUCAAAUUAGAAUUUGAUAAAAUCUGUUCGAAAUCCACUGAAUUUCAUUUUCCUGAUCUCGAGACACAAAUGCAAGAAUCUAAACAAAGAGCUGAACAGAUGAUAGCAAAUACACCAAACAAAAGAAAUUCUUCUCACGGUUUACAAGUCGGCGACUUUUAUGUUACAAAACAUUCAAAUUUAUCUGAAAUUCAUGUCGUUUUUCAUUUGGUUUGUGACGAUUCAUUGCGUUCUUCAGAAAUCAAUUCCAGACAUCCAGUGAUUAUAGGUUUAAGAAAUAUUAUGAAGACAUCACAUCUCAAUGAUAUCUCAAAUAUUACGAUACCAUUACUUUUAAUUCAUGAAAUGAGCGAAGAGAUCACUAUUCAAUGGUGUCUUAAAAGAGCUGAAUUAGUUCUUAAAUGUAUUAAAGGUUUUAUGAUAGAAAUGACUUCACUUUCUUCAGGUUCUGACGAGAACCGAACCGUUCAGUUUGUUGUUCCAAAAGACAUAUCACAAGAAUUAUUCUCUAAUUUGACGACAAUUUUACCUUCAAUUUUCAGGUUAUCAAACCCUCUGGUUUUGAGAUCCAGUUAUGAUUGGAUUGAUUAGCCAUUACC